AGAAGACUCCAGACUUGGUCAUAUAUGCAAUACUUAUAAUGCUCAUUUCCUUCUAACGUUGUGGCCUGCGUAUCCUUCCUAUCUACUCAAACACCAUAAACUAAAGAAACACACAAUGGAUCCCAUCAACGUCUUCAAAGGUUACGGCAAAGUACAGUACCUCGAAGAUCAAUCCCAGCACCGAAACACAAACACCAACGUCACCCGAAAGCCCUUCAUCACCACCGUCGCAAUCUUAGCCAUCCUCCUCUUGACUCUAACCAUCGGUCUCAUGCUCGGGGCGCUGAUCCACGAGAAAGAAACCGAGCCACCGGAGUCCCCAUCACUUUCAUCCAACUCGGCCGACAUGCUCAAAGCCGUGUGCAACGUGACCCGGUACCCCGAAUCGUGCUUCUCCGGCAUAUCCAACCUCACCUCCCCAAAACCCACCGACCCAGAAGCCAUUUUCAAGCUCUCUCUCCGAGUCUCCAUCGCCGAGCUCACGAACUUCAAGACCAUCGUUUCGAAUUCGAACGAGGCUGCUUUGCGCGACUGCCAGAGCCAGAUAGAUGACGCGCUGGGUCGACUCGGUGACUCGGUGGCGGCGAUGGAGGUGGGCCCGGAAGAGAAGAUUUUGACGGAGGACAAGAUCAGCGAUCUGCAGACAUGGAUCAGCGCUGCGAUGACGGACCAGGAGACGUGCUUGGAUGGGUUGGAGGAGAUGAAGUCAACGGCUUUGGAUGAGGUCAAGUCGAAGAUGCAGGGGUCUAGGGAGUACACCAGUAAUUGCUUGGCAAUAUUGGCUAAUAUCCACACCCUUCUUCAGAAACUACAUAUGUCCCUUCACUGAUUUUUUAUUUUCUUUGAAGAAAAAAACCACCUUAAAUCUUUCUUCCACAAAUUGUGAUCUUAAUUUUUGUGCUUUUUUGACUUGUUUCUGAUGUUAAUUUGUCAUCUUGUUUGCACUGUUAAAUUGGUAAUGCGUGUAUAGAGAAAGUAAUUACAUCCAUAGCUUGUAAAAUGUACACUAGAAAUUGUUUAUUGGAUCAGAAAAAAGAAAUAUCUUGUUUGUUUU